AUGAUCUCGCUGCCAGCUAUCACCUUGCCACUGAAGCUGCUGGCCGCAAAGUUCCCAACCCCGCGGAUCUUGCAGCUGGACAGGGUGUUGGGCGACUCCCUCCGGACGCUCUGCGGCACCACAAUGACGAUGUCCUCCCUGGCAGACUUAUACCAAGGGCAGAAGUACGCUGCGGCCUUGGGCUUCUUGCAGACAGCCACAGGCGCGUUGGACUGGUGCUGGGCCCUCAACUGUCCAAGCUGCUCAUGGGCACCGGCGGCCAGCGGCCGCGGCUCUGCUUCCUGGCGGCCGCCGCACUGGCGGCGCUGCAUCUGGCCUUGGCGCAGCGAUACCUCGAGGAGACGAACGAGAAGCUUGCAGACAAAGUUGACGCAAAUGCUGUUUCCUGCAGGAUCCAUCCUCGCGAACAUCAGCGGGAUGUUGGGAAUCCAGGACUACCGCGAUUCCGUGGCCCUAGCCCGACAGCUGUGGCGGCGUGGGGGAGCUCUGCGGCAGCGGGCGAUGCUCUUCGUGCUGCACUGCUUCGUGGAGGGCAAGGUGAUUCAGGAUCAAGUCCUGGCUGUUCAGAUGAUGGGGCCGAAAGAAAUGGGCUUGGAGCAUUGGCAAGCAUGGCAGGCAGGUCGCCGGGACAACUGGAGCUCGGCGCACGGCGCUGUGUUGUCGGCCGGUAGCUUCUGUGGACCUUUGGUGAGGCGGGUGGGAGACGAGAAGUUCCUGCUGGCCUGCCAUUUGGCCUCCUUAGGGGCCUUCCUUUGGUUCAAGAGGCUUUGGCUUUGGAGCGGCCUUCUGCCGCUGCUGCUGGGCUCGCAACGGCGCCUCAUCUCGGCCAGCUGGCUGCUGCAGGAGGGUCUCAAGGGCGGCUUGCAGCGGGGGCAGGUGGUGGGUCUCAUGGCCACGCUCCGGGCCUUCUCUGAGGUUUGUGCCUCUUGGCUCUUCAGCAACAGCUUCAAGCUGAUCAAGAGGAGGCAGUGGUUGCCUGCCCAGGUCUUUUAUGUGCCGACGGUGCUCAUCGCGCUGGCGGAGAUGUCCCGGCAGCGCUUCGCGCUGCGCGCGGAGACCACGAGGGAGCUCUUGGGCACCGACGCGAGCUAUUGGACCGUGACCUUGAACCGCCCGUGCGACCAGAGGCUGGGCCUUGACUUGGAUCUUCUGGAUCCAGCGGUCUUACAGAUCUGCCAGGUGCAUGCAGACUCAGUGGUGGAUCGCUACAAUCAGACAGCGGCCCCAGAGAGGCGGAUACAGGCGGGGGACUUGAUCGUGAAGGUCAAUCGUGCCAGUGGUCAGGCCUCGGACAUGGCCGACCUCCUGCAAUCGCCUCAGCAGACGCUGACUCUCCUGCUGCAGCGCCCCCCGUGGCGGACCUUGUCCCUGAGCGAUGCCGAGGUCGAGGAGCUUCGCUCUGCCUUUACCUCCAUGCCACAGAGUGUGUCUCUGUAUUCCACUUUGACGAUCCCCAGCAUAGGGCUCAGGCGCCACGAUCGGCUCAUGGCCGUGGACGGCGCCCUCGGGGACCUCCAGGGCGCCUGGCGCAGCGCGCUGAAAGGUGGGAAGCCCUUCGAAGUGAGCAUCCUACGCUGCGGCCCCGACGAGACCUGA